AUGCACUUUAACGAAUUAAACAUUUACGUCCAGGUAAAAUGCAUCUCCUUCUGUUCGUCCAAUUUCUCCCCCCACCCCUUGCCAUCCCGGAAGAAUUGCCAAAUUGUAAAAACAUCAGAGGGGGAAGAUCCCCAGCAGAACCAGAACAAAGGGCAAUCUGAGCUAAGCCACUUAAUAGGUAAUGUAUAUAUUGGUAAAGUGUUACGCGUGGGGGGCACAGUUACACAGGCAGUCGCAGCGAACUCAGUGCUAGGUAAAGACGUUAUUGGGAUAUUCACCCUCAAGUGUAAAGUUCUUAAGGACAUUAUUGUAACGCCUUACCAUGACGUUGUUGAGUAUCCUUGCAGCCACUUGAAAAAGGAUCAUGCAGUGUGCGCAGCGCUCCGCUCCUUUUACGAAGCUCACAUUUGCGUGAGUACCCUGAGUUGCCCAAACAAGCUGCAGUACCUUGCCAUUUUUGCAGACGAUAUUUUUCAAGUGCUCCCGUUUUUGAAGCUUCUCAUAAGGAGGAAAUUCCUCAUAGAGGUAUUUUUGUCGAGAAAGCCGAGCGGGAAAACAAAUGGGAAACCAAAUGAGCAAUCAGGUGGAGAAGCGAAUGAAGAACCGGGUGAAGAACCGAGUUCAGAACCGACCGAAGUGAUAACCCCAACCGAAGCGCUGCUGGAACAAUUCCACAUCAGCAGUGAGGUCAUGCAAGAACGGGUCUCCAUACGGACCCAAGACACAAACGUCCAACAGCACACGCAAGACGUAACAAAUGGACUUGGAGUAAAAACCAUCGUUGUGUUUCCACACGCCAACACUGACAUCAGCGUUUUAAAGAGAAAUAUUUUCACAGUAAGUGCGUUAAAUGCCAACAUAAUAUGCAUGGCAAACGUGGAUUACUUAAAUCCACACGAAUGUAAACUGCUGCAGGAGAAAGGCAUUACCCUCCAUUUCUUUAACCUGAACAAUUAUCUAAAUUACGAUUAUUUCAAAGUGGCCGAUGCAUUUAAUUACGUGUUAUUAUCCUUCCUAAAUGGAGAUGUGGCCAUUCCAUCGGUGCCUAUAACGACCAAGUCCUUUUCCAGCAUCGAGGAAAUAUUGGCAAGUGGUGUCGCUUCCGCAUACGAUAAACGUUACAACAUUUACGUUAACAGGAAUAUCCAAUGA